UAUGAAUAUUUUAAUUCGAGAAAAUUUGCAAAAAUAACUAAGCAACCUAUCGCAACUAUGAAUUCUUGUCAUUUCAUAUUUUUGCUCUUCACCUAUAUAUUAACAUUCGUAAAUCCUUCCCCGAUCCCCGUUAUAACAAACGAUACUAGUAAAUCGUUUGAACCACCGUCUCCAUCGGCUUCAAAUGGAAUUUGUAACCUUGAUGAUGGGGAUAUACCUGAUCUCACUCGGUUUGUUACUUACUCCGCAGCUUCCUACUGUUCAAACUCUGCUAGCUGGACAUGUGGAUUUUACUGCGAUAAUAUUCCUGAAACAACGGUUAUAAAAACUAUUACAACUGAACCUGCAGAAUGGGUAAAAAUUUUAGGACAGAGUGCCGAUGCUUAUGCGGUUAUUACUCGUAACACGAAAUAUAAAGAGAUCGUUGUCACUUUCCGAGGAACUUCUAAUUUUGGCAACACUGUCAAAGAUAUAGAAGUAGUCCAAUGUCCAUAUGGAUUUGAAUCCACUACUCCGUGUAUCCCUACUAAUUUAAUAUCAGGAGGUGCCCUUGUCCAUUUUGGAUUUUAUACUGCUUUUCUUACCUUUCAACAACAACUUCGAGAUGUAAUCUCUAACUCAAUGAAACAAUAUCCUGGUUAUAAUAUUGUUGUUACUGGUCACAGUUUAGGAGCAGCAUUAGCAUCGUUUGCCGCUCUCGAUAUUAAGCAAUUCAUUAAUGGAUCAAAUCCGUGUCUAUACACCUAUGGUGAACCUCGAAUUGGAAAUUCUGUUUUUGCUUCAUUUGUAGAUGAAACUUUGGGUACUGUGAAAAGAACUGUUAAUCAAGCCGAUGAAGUGCCUCAUUUGGUCUUGGAAGUUGACUAUAAACACCAUAAAGGUGAAAUCUGGAUUGCUAAUACUACUGCUAACCAAGCAGUCGAAUGCUCAGGCGAUGAAAACAAUCUCUGUUCUGAUUCUGUUCAACUUGGAGAUUGGAAUUCUGUAGAUCACGAUGGCCCAUAUUGGGGUGUCCAUAUAAAUAAAGGUCUCUGUGAAUAG